UCCAUCCAGGGGUCCGGAUCAAUAUCCUGACGAAUUGCCUCCAACCGAUGGGGUGCUGUGGAAGUAGUGCUGUUGAUGCUGAGGAACAUCUGGACUACAGCGCCGGGAAAGUGACUAUCAUACCAGAUCUGAAGUGUUGGGAACGGAAAUUGGACGAAGCGAAUGAACUUGGGCAAACGGUUGUGGUAAAAUUCAGCGCGACUUGGUGCGGACCGUGCAGGAAUGCUGCUCCAUUAUUCGCCGAGCUCUCUUUGAAGCAUUCUGAUCUUGUUUUCGUGUCCAUUGAUGUAGACGAACUGCCGGAACUGGUCACCCAAUUUGACAUACGCGCAACUCCAACGUUCAUCUUCAUGAGAGACAAGAAGGAGAUCGACAAGCUGGUCGGGGGCAACCAGGAAGAUCUCCAGAGGAAGUUCGAUCCAUACUGCCAGGAGAAAUGACCGAUGACCAUUACGUCUGUCAGAAUAGCAUCAGAACGAGCAUGGCCAGACACCCGAUCGGCUGAAGCGGGAACAGCUCAGAAAUUUGGCAACCAGUCGAUGAGCUCUCUGGGAUCUUCAUAGUUUCGAGGAACUAACCAGCGGAAGUAGGAUUUCUGACUAGUAUAAUGUAAAGUUAGCUAGUGUCUGAAACUCUGCACCACAUUGUUCAAGCAAUUCCAUACAGAACAAAAAAUUGUAACGCGACCA